AGAACAACAGAGGCAACGGACAAGUGCGAGCCGACAACGACUUCUUUAAGCGGGCGCAUUCCGAGAGCUCGCGCCAGGCAAACAAGACGAUGAUCGGCAUCCGCAACGUAGCGCUCAUUUUCUGCUUAGCUGCGGUGACCAAUGCUAAUUGGGAAAGGGUGAGGCGUUCGACGCACCAAAUUGUUGGAGGAUGGAGGGAGCACAAGUACCCGUCGGAGUCGCCACAAUUUAUCAAGCUUGCAUAUCAAGCCUUCGCUACGGCGCUAGGCGAACCUUUCUUGCACGGAAUUAACUUAAGAGUUUCGAAGGCAGCGACACAGGUUGUGGCUGGCCUAAACCACAAGCUCGAAGUAGAACAAGCUCAGGUGAGCUGCGGAUUUCACCGUCCGCAAUUUCACGGAGUAUGGCAUCAUCCAAACAGUCUUGUCUGUUUCACAGGAAAGGUUGUUCGUGUGUGCAACAUUGAAUUAUACAUACCGAUUAAGACAUCAGUACCAAAUAUUACAUCUUUUGAAUGCAAGGAACCAUCCUUUGAUGAAUAAAUGCACUUUGAGUUAAGCGACUCCCCAUCGCAGAAAGCUGCGGUGCUGCGCAAUAUGAA